UAAAUUUGCAAAGUUGUCACAAAUUUGUUUUUUGCUUUGUCAUUGUGGUGUAUGGAGUGUACACUGUGAAAAAAAGUAAUUUGAAGUAGUUUAACGUAAGGCAGCAACAUAAAACAAAAAGAAGGGGUACAAAUACUUUCGCAAGGCACUGUAUGUAUAGCCUAUUCACAGUUCCUGUGUUACCGUGCAACUAAACGAACCUGCUGUCCAACAGUAGAACACAAAUGCAUCAGUUCAUUCUAAAGACCGUGUUAUGCCUCAUACAGUAUGAGCAUGUGGCUAGAUGCCAGUGCUGCUUGAACUCUGCCAGUACCAGCAGCUGGAAAACAAUUUAAUUGGCCCAAUAAAUAUUUUCUGGACUCAGCCAUUGCAGAAUCAAAAGGUCAGGGUUUCAUACAAUGGCCACUGCAUUAAUCUGCAGGAACUAUCUAGAAACAAUCGCAGUAUCAGCUGUUGAUGAUGCAAAUGCUGCAGCCAUUCAUAUAACAAUGAUUUGCCUGGCAGAGCAACUCAAUGUGAAACAUAUAAAUCUCGCUCAUUGCCCUUUUAAUACACAGCAUACAGCAAAAGGAGGAAUCAAAUUAGCCCCAAACAUGGACAGAAUGGGAAAAAUUAUCUUUUAUGAGGACAAAAACUUUCAGGGACGUUCCUUUGAGUGCAGCAUGGACUGCCCAGAGCUGUCGUCCCACUUCAGCCGCUGUAACUCCAUCCGAGUGGAGAGUGGGGCCUGGGUUUUGUAUGAACGUCCAAACUUCAUGGGCUGCCAGUACAUCCUAACUAGGGGAGAGUAUCCUGAUUACCAGCGCUGGAUGGGGUACAAUGACUCUAUAAGGUCUUGCCGCAUGGUGCGAAAUCAUGCUGGCAUUUUCCGUAUCCGUCUGUAUGAGCGGCCUGACUUCCAGGGUCAGGUUAUGGAGUGCGGCGAGGACUGGCCCUCUCUCUAUGACCACUUCCGUCACCGUGAGGUCCAGUCCUGUAACGUUUUGGAUGGAGCCUGGGUCUUCUUUGAGCAUCCUAACUACAGGGGACGUCAGUACUUGUUGGAGAGAGGCGAAUACCGCCGCUUCACUGACUGGAAUGCCAUACAUCCUACUGUCGGCUCCAUCCGCCGUGUUCAGGAGUUUUAGGUCUUUCAAUGUGUAGUUGAUUGUUCCUUAACUAUUUAAUAAAAAAUGACACUGAGCCCACCUAA